AUGGCACCCACAAAGCGAGCCAACAGCUCCGCCGCCUCCUCAGGCUAUGUUGAGAACCACUCCAAGGGACCCAUGCUGCGAUGGCAAGACUCCCUUCCUAAAUUGCCCGUCCCAACACUCGAGGAGACUGCGAAGCGUUAUCUCAAGUCGCUCCAUCCCCUCCUAUCUGCCAGCGAGUACGAGGCAAGCAAGAAGGCCGUCGAGGAGUUUAUCCGCCCUGGUGGUGUUGGCUCCAAGCUUCAGGAGAAGUUGAUGGCCAAGCGCGAGGACCCCAACACCAAGAACUGGAUUUACGAGUGGUGGAACGAUGCGGCCUAUCUCUCAUACCGCGAUCCCGUCGUCCCCUACGUCAGCUACUUCUACUCUCACCGGGACGACCGACGAAGAAGAGACCCCGCGAAGCGAGCUGCUGCCAUCACAACAUCUGCCCUCGAGUUCAAGAAGCAGGUUGACGCAGGCACCCUUGAGCCAGAGUACAUGAAGAAGUUGCCUAUCUGCAUGGACAGCUACAAGUGGAUGUUCAACGCUUCCCGUGUUGCGGCUAAGCCAGCCGACUACCCUGUCAAGUUCCCAGCCGAGGAAAACAAGCACAUUAUUGUUAUUCGCAAGAACCAAUUCUUCAAGAUCCAACACGAGGUUAAUGGAAAGCAGCUCAACACGUCAGAGCUUGAGCAGCAAUUCAAGCGUGUCUAUGAGCUUGCCCAACGCGUUCCUGCUGUUGGCGCUCUCACCUCAGAGAACAGAGAUGUCUGGACUGACGCUCGUGACAUUUUGCUCAAGGCCAGCCCCAAGAACAAGGACGCUCUGGAGGCUAUUGAGUCGUCAUCUUUCGUGGUUUGCCUCGACGAUGCGGCUCCAGUCACACUCGAGGAGCGUGCUCACCAAUACUGGCACGGCGAUGGUGCUAACCGCUGGUACGACAAGCCUUUGCAGUUCAUUGUUAACGACAAUGGCACUUCUGGCUUCAUGGGCGAGCACUCCAUGAUGGACGGUACUCCCACCCAUCGCCUCAACGACUACGUCAACGACCUCAUCUUUGGAAACAAGCUCGAUUUCUCAGAUCCCAGCAUCCGAUCCAACUUGCCUGAACCACAGGUCGUCAAGUUCGACAUCACAAAAGAAGUACAGAGCGAAAUUGAUCGCGCGACCAAGGACUUCAACGAUGUCAUCAGCAAGCACCAGCUUGCCGUUCAGGCCUAUCAGGGUUACGGAAAGGGUCUCAUCAAGAAGUUCAAGUGCUCUCCUGAUGCUUACGUUCAGAUGGUUAUCCAGCUCGCCUACUACAAGAUGUAUGGCAAGAGUCGACCUACUUAUGAGUCUGCUGCUGUCCGACGCUUCCAACUUGGACGUACUGAGACAUGCCGAACUGUCUCUGACGACUCCGUUGCCUGGGUCAAGUCCAUGUCUGAUUCCUCCAUUGACGAAAAGACACGCGUGGAUCUCUUCCGCAAAGCCAUCAAUGCCCACGUUGAAUACAUCACCGCUGCCUCAGAUGGCAAGGGAGUUGAUCGACAUCUCUUCGGUCUUAAGAAGCUUCUCGAGCCCGGCCAAGAGGUCCCUGCCAUCUAUCAGGAUCCCGCAUACAGCUACUCCAGCUCAUGGCACUUGUCCACCUCUCAGCUUAGCUCAGAGUUCUUCAAUGGUUACGGUUGGAGCCAGGUCAUCGAUGCUGGUUUUGGUAUCGCAUACAUGAUCAACGAGAACAGUCUCAACUUCAAUGUCGUUUCCAAGGGUCUGGGCAGCGACCGCAUGAGCUACUACCUCAACGAGGCAGCUAACGAUAUGCGAGAUCUGCUCACACCUACUCUUGAGGCCCCCAAGGCUAAAUUGUAA